AAAACUAGAGCCUAUCCAGUUUAGUCAACAACAACGUAGCCUAUGCUUCUACGCCACCUGGGUUUAAUAAGCCACGAGGGUGUCGCGUGUUCAUUGGCGAAUCCCACUGGCCUUAUCAGCUUAUGAAGAAAGCGAGUGAUAGCUGAAUAGCUGAUUUGUCUCUCCUUAAUUUCAUCGUCAUCAUUGAGUGGCAGAGCAGAGACAGACAUAAAUCUAAUCUAAUCUCCAUAGCACAAACGUUGUUGUACUUUGUAUAUCUCUCUGUUACAGUUCAACCCACCAUCUCCAAUGGGACAAGUCCUAGGCCGAUUACAAGGUAAACAGUGGAGGCAAAAGCAAGUUAGGAAAAUAUCGGACAAAGUGUUUGAUCGUAUUAAAAGUCAGUCUGGAACUGUUAGUUUGACAUUUGAAGAUUUGUACAUAGCUAUUCUUCUUGUUUACAAUGAUAUCAAUAAGAACUUACCGGGGCCGCAUUUUGAUCCACCCUCCAAAGAACGAGUCAAGGAGAUGAUUACGGACUGCGAUUUGAACCUUGAUGGGGAAAUUGAUCAUGAAGAAUUUGUGAAGUUUAUCCAGCAGCUUACAGCUGAGACACUAAUUGCUGUUAGUCAGGGACUGAUUGUCAGUCUGGUUGUGGCACCAACAGUUGCAAUGGCGACAAAGAGGGCUACUGAGGGUGUCCCAGGAGUUGGGAAGGUGGUGCAAAGGCUACCCAAUUCUGUUUAUGCAUCCCUUGUGACUAUUGCAGUUGUUUUCAUUCAACAGUCAAUUCAGGAGUCCGACUAGAGGCUGCCUUCCUUUUAAACUGAAUUUAUGCAUCCUGUACACAUCAUGACUCGGAUUUAUUUUCAUACUAUUUGUAGAUUUGGUUAUUGUAACGAAUUAUGUUUUAAGGGUUGUAACUUUGCUAGAUCUGUUUAUAUGCAGUUCUGUUUAUAUGCAGUUGAGAUGAUUGACUCCUAUUGCAAGCCUCACUGUAAAACGCAAAAUAUUGCUUGAGCUUUACUGAAAUUGGAAGCACAGGGUCUUUCUGAGUCAA